AGACGGCGUCAGAAAUAGCGGAUCGUGCCGGGCCGGCUGUCAGUGCGUUCGCAGCCCUGGUCCAGAGUGCGUGCAUAGUGCAUCGGCACGACGGAGACCGCCGCUAGACUCCCCGUCCUGUGCUCCACCGCGCCGCCAUGCCACAUGAUUCAUUCUUCCAUCGGCACCACCAGUGCGAGAUUAACUGCCUCAGAAUACCGCAGAACAUGUCGGAGCAGUCUCUUUCAUCCUUUGGCACCAUCAACAGAAGAAGAGUGGAAUAAAAUUGCCAAAGAAUUUGAUGAACUGUGGCAGUUCCCAAAUUGCAUUGAAAAGGUACCAGAAGCGGCACUUCUCGGCGGCGGCCACCACAACAUGAGCCACGACAACCCAGCCUUCUCGGAGCAUCCGUCGCACACCGAUGCCGCCGAUGCCUUGGGCACGACGACAUCGUCUUACGGCACCAACCAGCACACCGUCGUCAACGUGAGCGACCUCAAAGGCGCCGCCUGCAACGGCAACGCCGCCAAGACGCCGCAGCAACAGGCACCGCCUCCCGCCUACAACAGUAUCAGCAGCAAGGAAGCAGAAGCUGCAGGAUAUGGAGCUAGUACAGGCAUCUUCACUGUGGGGGAUGCUUUAUCACGGAAGGCGAGUGCAGCACAGCAAGAGUACAAACCACAUUUAGAGCGUGAUGUCGAAAAGCCUAUCACCAACAUGGAGACGUUGCUGCACCUACUGAAGGGCAGCCUAGGAACAGGCAUCUUGGCAAUGCCAAAUGCCUUCAUGCAUGCAGGAUAUGCUGUGGGUAUAGUUGGAACAUUUAUCAUUGGAGUGCUGUGCACCUACUGUAUCCAUCUCCUAGUGAAGGCACAAUAUGAGCUCUGCAGGCGGCGCCGUAUACCCAGCCUAGGCUACCAGGAAACUGCAAUGGCUGCUCUUGAGGAGGGACCUCGCUUCCUUCGACCUCUAGCUCCAUACACUGGGCACAUUGUGAAUGUCUUCUUGCUGAUCUACCAGCUGGGAACUUGUUGUGUGUAUGUUGUAUUUGUCAGCAGCAAUAUAAAAUCAGUGGUUGAUGAAUACUACAGUGGGCUGGAUUUAAGGAUGUACAUGCUGAUUUUGCUGCUGCCAUUGAUAUUGAUCAACAUGGUUCGCAACCUGAAACUUCUGGCACCAUUCACAACACUAGCGAAUUUACUCACUCUGAUAGGGUUUGGCAUCACACUGUAUUACCUGGUCAACAGUGCUCCUACACUUGCAGACAAGGAGCCUUUUGGGACUCUUAAGGGUUUGCCCCUCUUCUUUGGAACUGUGCUUUUUGCAUUAGAAGCAAUAGGUGUUAUUCUGCCUCUGGAGAACAGCAUGAAGACACCAAAGAGUUUUGGUGGCUCACUGGGUGUACUUAAUAGAGCCAUGGUUGUCAUCAUAACUUUGUAUAUUGGAAUUGGAUUUUUUGGUUACAUGAAAUACGGCAGUGGUGUGAAAGGGAGCAUAACACUUAACCUCCCUAAUGAAGAGAUACUUGCACAGUGUGUGAAGAUAAUGUUGGCUAUCUCAAUUUUUAUAACUCACAGCUUACAGAACUAUGUGGCCAUAGAUAUAACAUGGAAUGGCUACUUGAGUGAAAAGCUUGAGAAACAUCCUCAUAAAGUUAUUUUUGAAUACCUUGUUCGUGUUGCCCUGGUCAUUGUCACAUUCCUGUUGGCUGUUGCAAUUCCAAAUCUGGAGCUGUUUAUAUCUCUGUUUGGUGCCCUCUGUUUGUCAGCACUUGGAAUUGCUUUCCCUGCAAUAAUACAAAGCUGUACAUUUUGGAACAAAGAAACCACUCAACUCAAGUUUGUCUUAAUGGUUAUGAAGAACAGUUUCCUUGUCCUGUUUGCAGCACUGGGUCUUAUUGUUGGAACAUACAUAUCAAUUUCAGAUAUAAUUAAGGAGUUCAGCUAAGAUAGUAUUGUAAUGAGUCCUACAAACUUGUUGGGACACCAGUUUUAGGCUUCCAAAGUUUGGAGGGAUGAGCACCAUUGUUCAUAACUUCUUUCUUGUAAACCUGAUUCUGCCAGAAAUUCUGUUGCCCCUAAACAUGGCUGUUACAUUACAAACUCCUAUACAGCUGUAGUAUGUUUUAUCUGACCACAUUUAGAUGCAGUACCAGUUCUCAAAUAAGAAUGAAGGAAAAAAGAGGCAGCAGUUGAAGGAUGUAAAAUAAUGGAAAGCUCUGUUCAGAUGUGUUACAAAACACUGCAGGAGCUCUGGUCUGAACUAUUGAUUAGUUAGGGCAGUAUUACUGAACCAUGAUAUUAUUCUACUUAGUCUGUCAUGGCAAGAAAAUGCGAUGACAAUACAAUAAAGUCUAGUGGUGACUAAUGAAAGUGAAUCACACUGAGCAAUUUAGACCUUUGUGCAAAUGAUAUAAAGUGGUUCAGCAUGUCCUCAUGAAAUAUCAUGAGAAUCCACAAUAAGCCAAAUGAAGUGCCCUCACUUCCAUGUGCAAUAAUAUUGUGCUCUAGUAAUAAAACUGGUUGGCAUUUUAGUUGCCUGUAGCAUGGCUACAUGAAAAUGAUUGAAAACUGUUGACUACCACAAUUGCAAGAGUUAGGAAAGUUUUUGCUAAAGUUAAUGUGAAAAAUUUAUGAAACAAUGUUGAACAAUACUAAUUAGUUACCUGUCAUACUUCAGCAACAGUUACUACUGUAACUGCAACAGAUUUAUGCAGUAAAAAUACUCUCAACGAAGAGGGUUA